CCUCGGUGCUCCAUACAAAGGCACCGACCAAGGUACCUGGCGACGGGCGGCGGGAGUGGCGGUGCCGGGACACUCUUGAAGAGGCGUCGGUCCAGCCGAUCGCGCUGGUCGACCCAAUGAGCGCGCAGCAGAUGCUGGGACAAGCGCCAACAUAAAGUUGAGUUUGCACUUACGAUUUCACCGACGACCAUGUCGACUGCAACAUCAGCAUGGGCGGUCUCCUUUGGCAUGGACGACUGCAAGUGCGCGAAUCGCGCCUCGCUCUUUGAGCACAAGUACCUCCGCACGCACCGCGCCGGCAGCGUCAAGCUCGUCCGGUGCUUUCCGCACUGCUGCCCCAAACACACGUUUGCCAACUUUUGCACCACGUCGCUCGACGUCGUCGUCUCGAACGCAACGCUGGACAUCCACGCCGACAUGGCGUACCUUCGGUUUCAGCCGUCGACCGACCGGGUGCUGGCCGUCGGCGACGUCGUCGACGAAGCUUCGAUUGCCCACAGCACGCGCAGCCAAGCCAACAUCAAGGGCGACUGGAUCGCGAGCGACUCGAGACAGUUGGACGCGGCUACAAUGACGUACCGGUUCAACCACAACAACCUCCUCGGGUGGCACUACGGCUGGAUGGGCACGUCGACCAAAGCCCACCGCACGGCCACCCACCGCGUUGUCGCCUAUGUUUUUCGCCGACUGAGCCCACAGUCGCUCCAUGUCGUCGGCGUCGCGCUCUCGCCGUCCUUCAUCAUCAUGUCGUACCGGCGCGCUUGCUACCACUGUCAAAGGCACCGCGGCGGCGUCGUCACGACCGGUUGCGAGUGCGACGGCGAGUUCAACACGCGCCAGGUGUCGUCGUCUCCACCGCCGUCGUCCGGAAGCAGUGUCGGGUCGCCGCCGACUCUGCCGCGGCCGAGCAUGGCGCUUGCGACGCGACCCGUCGACCCGAUGGCCAUGGAAAGGCAGCUCGGGACGGUCAUGUCGUUUCUCCACCGACUGCCGUCGCACGCAUUCGCCGGCAAGUACGACCGCAUCGCCGACCAGCUCACAAGGAGCUUGCUCCAGCCCCUCGGCGCCCGCUGGGGCUCGCACCGGGUAAAGUUUCCGCGAUGGAUGCGGCCGCCGCCGGCGAACGUCGGUCCGUCGUCGUCUAUUGAGGCACUGACGACGGUCUGCCUCGACCUUUUCCUCGCCAGCGUCUCGAUGGACACGAUGUUUGAGCAAUCCAAGUUCAUGCAAGCAAAUGCACCGCGGCUCCUCGACCGGCAAGCGCUCCAGGACGCGUACCUCGAGUGGCUUCAGCUCCACUACCGCUACUUCAACCACCUCCUUGAGCCCAUGUUCCUCACCCUCGAUGGCCUCGCGACCCACAUCAACGCCGUGUCCCAAACCGGUGCUCUCACGACCAACAACGCGCUGCCGACGACGUCGAUCACGGGCUUUGAGAACUUUGUCGCGCAACUGCGCGAAGUCUACAUGGGCGUGCCCGUGGCGACGCCGCCGGUCCGGAACCUGGUGCCGUCGUUGCUCAACGGCCAUUGGGUUUUCCAGGAGACGCUCUCGUCGGCCUUCUCGAUGGACCCGAGUGCGUUUGACCCGUCGGUCAUCACGAUCGUGCGCAGUAUCACCAUGACGUACGCGUUCCAGUGGGUGCUCUCGGUCACGUCGCUGCACAUGCGGUCGGACCUCGAAGCGCACCCGACGCAGUGGAGCGAAAUGGUGCUGGACGGACACCCGCACGUCUUUCGCGUCUUCCCGAACGGCGAGGCGUCCAUGACCAUGGUGGCCGGGUACCUCCACGGCGACUACCGCGCGUGGCUCCACGACGACCAGCUGCUCACGAUUCAAAUCUACACGUGGGGCUCGACCGAUGCGAUUUGCGUCCGAUUCCAAGCGCGCGCGGCCCUCGGGCAGCUCGAAAUCCAAGUCACCGUCGUCCGGUCGCCGAUUGUCAAAGCCGACGGCGACGACUGGUCGACGUGGACGGCGUCGGCGCGCUGCGCUGCCUUUCGCCACGAGAUCGAGUCGGUCGUCGUGCGCUUCCAGCUCGUCUACAAGGACAUUCCGCUGCACGAAACGUUCUAGCCACCAAGUGAAAUAAGACAUUAUUGUUGUGCAGCCGUCUAGAUCCUAAACCCACACUUUGCUGAUGAGUUCGUUAUUAUAUCCCG